UCGUGCGGGGCGGCGGGAGGCGGGUGUGGGAAGGAGGAGGAAGAGGAGGGCGGCCGAGGGAGGCGGCCAGGUUUUGUUUUUUUAAAAAAGGGGUAAGGGGGAAAAAAGGAGAUUCCACACUUGCAAAUAAGAACCCAGCUGAGCCCGAGGAGAGCUCAUCGGCUUCUGGGGAAUGGAGAAGCAAGAGCACGUGAAAUAAACAGAUUCUCUCGAAGCUCUUCCUUGACAGCCAGAGGAUUUUCUGACUGUCAGAGGCAAAAAUGAUUCCGCCAAGCGACUCUACUGAAGUCAGCCUGGAGAACGUGGAGAAGGAAAAUGACCCGGAGUGUCCCGAUCAGCCCCCUUCGCCGGCAUCCACCACCAGCCAAGAGUCAAAGCUCCAGAAAUUGAAACGAUCACUCUCUUUCAAGACCAAGAGCUUACGGAGUAAAAGCGCAGACAACUUUUUCCAGCGGACCAACAGUGACAUGAAGUUGCAAGUAGAUUUGCUAUCGGAAAUCAGCCCCAGAACUGACCAGCUUCCAACCUCUGAAAGUCAAACUUCCACUCCAACCAAAGUCCAUUCCCAACAGGAAAGCAACAAGACUCACAUUUUCCAGGAGCACAUCUUCAAAAAACCUACCUUCUGUGACAUCUGCAACCACAUGAUUGUUGGGACAAAUGCUAAACAUGGACUGCGUUGUAAGGCGUGUAAGUUGAGCAUUCACCACAAAUGUGCAGAGAGUAUUGGACAGCAGCGGUGCAUGGGCAAACUGCCCAAAGGUUUUCGCCGUUACUAUAGCUCUCCACUACUCAUUCAUGAGCAGUUUGGGUGCAUCAAAGAAGUGAUGCCUAUUGCUUGUGGCAAUAAGGUUGACCCUGUGUAUGAAACACUUCGCUUUGGAACUUCCUUGGCUCAGAAAACUAAGAAAGGCAGUUCUGGGAGUAGCUCAGAUUCACCAAAGAGGAAUUCAACAUCAGAUUUGGCAGAAGUUCCUGAGGAAGGUGAUAGUCCAGGAAGCAUGCUUGACGUAAACAGGAAACGCAGCAAUAGUGUGUUUACAUUCUCAGUAAACGGUACUGCAGACUUUGGAGAUGAACCGAAGAAAAUAAACUCCCAGCUGCAGGGAUCUCUUACUAAAGACACAAUACAGAUGAAUACCUACGUUGCCUUGUACAAAUUUGUACCACAAGAGAAUGAAGAUUUGGAAAUGAGGCCAGGAGAUAGGAUCACACUUCUGGAGGACUCAAAUGAAGACUGGUGGAAGGGAAAAAUAGAAGACCGAGUUGGCUUUUUUCCUGCAAAUUUUGUUCAAAGAGUACAGAAAGAUGAACAAGUUUUCAAGUGUAUCAGAACAUUUAUUGGAUGCAAGGAGCAGGGACAGAUAGCCCUGAAAGAGAACCAAAUCUGUGUGGCUUCAGAAACAGAGCAUGAUGGCUUUAUCAAAGUAUGCAGCGGAAAGAAAAGGGGUUUUGUCCCCAUAGAUGUCUUAGAAAACAUCUGAUUUUUGCCUGCUCAGCCACUGCAGUAGUGAAGCUUUGCUGGCAAGACCUGCCUGCCUCAUCUCGCACUGUUACCCCAACCAAGCUGUCUUGCAGAUGACCAAGGAAAUCAUGAGACAACUACAACGAUCAAUUGAUAUCAGACUUAUAAGCAACAAGAGAUGGCUGGUCAACAGUAAACAGUACUAUCAGAAAAGGAGCCCAACAAGAGUGGUCUGAGGUUUAGGGGGAGAACAGCUUGUUUGUUUUUUAAAAUAAGUGAAAAGUUAAACUGGAUGAUUUUUCUGAGCAAGGCUGCUAACCAUUACCCUGAUGGAAACAGACAACUAAUCUGAAAUAUUAAAUUUGCACCCUGUUCACGUGUCUUAAAACUGUUUGGAACUUCUUUCUCAUCUGAACUGUGUUUGAAUGAGCAAGGGUUUGGACUUUUCCCACUGUACUCCACAGUUUGAUGCUUGAAAUAUGUAGUGUGAGUCUGAUCCUAAAAUGUAGUCUGUGAUAUUAGCAAAUCAGCAUAAUGUUUGGUUCUGACUUUUUCAGUUUUGUAACAAGGCAGUUUGGAUGAUUGUGUAGCCAUUGGUUUGGGAAACAUACUAUGGUCUGGACUACUUCUCUGUGAUUUUUUAUAUAUGUUCCUGUGGCAAGCUUCUACGUCCUUUGGGUUCCUUGUAUACAGGAAAGAUUUCAACACAUGUUGGAUGUAAAUGUUGUUUAAACAGUGGAUGAACAAGCACUGUUUCCCCAAUGCAGGCCUAGUCAGAGAUAUCUACCUGCUCCCCACAAAAAGAAAAGAACUACCAGAAGCUGGGUUACAACAUUUUUUCUAUUUUUCUGAUAUUGUUUGAGUAUAUUUUAUAUAUAUGUAUAUAGCAUGAUCUUGUUUAUAUAGAUGACCAAUUCCAUUUCACAAUGAAAAAAGCAGAUUCCAGCUGAUGAAAAAUGUUGACUGGAAGAAACACAUGUUGCGCUGAUACAUUUGUGAAUGAAUGCAACAGCAUUCAAAAGACCAAAGGGUUUAAUGAUUUACCUUGAAGCACAUCACAGACACAAUGCAACAUAAAAGUUACACACAUAUAAGCCUAUUGACUUUAGAAAACUCUUAAGCCUGACUCAUUUUAGAUUAUAGUUACUGAUGGAAAUGGCAGUUUUAAAGCCAGAAUUUCACCCACUCUUCCAAAUUGUGCUUUGACAUGCAAGCCAAGCAACACUCUUCUGAUCCCAGUCAGACUUCAGAUGUUCUUGCUAUAUCAAGGAAUCGUCCUUGAGGCUAUGCAGAAUUUAUCUGGCCUAUUAGGAACACCACAAAUUCAGAGAAAUAAGUAACAAGCAGUCUACUGUUGCCACGUUUUCUAUUUUAAGACUUCCC